UUUGGGGUCGGCGGAUCGCCCGCAAAGGACUGUGGGACGGUCUUUACCGGGUCGCCAUUUUGGGUUGUUGAAAGUUGCUGGAAAAAGACAAAAACCUCACCAUGUUUCGUGCCCUAGCACACUGUGCUGUUAACGUUGCGAGGGCGUCAAGACCAACAGUUACACAGAGAGUCGUCACUCCAAGUUUAGUUGUGUGUGCCCAGCGGAAUGCUUCAGGUGGAGGUGUGAUGUCUGAUGAGGAGUUUGACAGUCGCUGGGUCGAGUUCUUCAGCAAACAGGACAUUGACGACUGGGAGUUGCGGAAGGGUGUAAACACGCUGAUUGGCUAUGACCUUGUACCAGAGCCCAGAAUCAUUGUUGCUAUCCUCCAAGCCUGCCGUCGCCUCAAUGACAGUGCAUCAGCUGUUCGAGUCCUGGAGGUCAUCAAGUCGAAGGCUGGUCCGAGAGCUAAGGAGAUCUACCCAUACGUGCUGCAGGAGAUCCAGCCUACGCUGGAUGAGCUGGGCAUCAAGACUCCCGAGCAGCUUGGGCUGGACAAAUACUAGAUGGCUACUAUGGAGGUAUCAGAUGUGUUUCAUGUGUUCCACAGUCACAACUACAGCAUCUCAGACUCAGUGGAGUUCAGCCAGCUAGCAGGACCCAAAAGACUGGAUUAAUGUUCAACAUACAGUGUUUCUGUCAAAUGUACUAUUGUGAAUAAAGCUAAUGGAUCUAGCGUGUGAAAA